GGGAGGAGGGGUGUGCUAACUAUCAAAACAUUUUCUCAUUCGACUAAAAUGAGCUUUCGAAAACAUUGCCGAGAACUUUUUACCUGACGCUUUUAUCGCCUCACGACACCUUCAAUGCUUGAGAGAAAGAGUCUUUAAAGUACUUGACAAAAUGAUUGAAUCUUGUGAUGAAUCACAUGUAGAAAGUAAAGGUCAAAACCAUCUGGACAGUAAUGGACCCUCUGGGAAGUUGAAGGGAGUACAGUGCAGCGUCUGUCGGUCCGUCGCACCUGUGAUCUCACCUGAGUCCGCCUGCGCGAGCAUGUCGCUUCCAGGCGUGAUGGACGCAGAGGGGCGAGUGGACGAAUCCAGGCUCAGGAUGCAUAUUUUUAAAAACGGUGGCGUGGCGCCCGAUGAACGUGGUCUGGUUUGGCGUUUUCUGUUUGGCAUGUACCCCUGCAGCUCUACGGCUCUGGAGCGCCCCCUGCUGCUGGAGCAGAUGGCGGUGCGCUAUCAGGUCAUGAAGAGGAAGUGGCAACAGCUGCUUCCUGGAGCCGUUCAUCUGCGUCUUAAUGGCACUGAUGCUGAACUGCUGACAGCAGUGAAGUAUUUUGAGCAGAGGCAGGACAGAGAGCAGAAUAACCAGCAGUUUGAGUCUGAAGAGGCUGGAGAGAAGAUGUCCUUCUUGCAACUGCAGGCUCAGGUGUUAUUUAAACGGGUAACCUUUGACCUGGAAGAGCUUCAGGAGGCCGUACGCAUCAUUGACAAAGAUGUUCCCCGAACAGACCGAGAUCUUCCAUACUUCCGGAAUGAAGGUUUGGGUAACCUGCUUGUCUUGAGAGAUAUCCUAAUCACAUAUGCUGCUUUUCACCCAGAAGUAAGUUACGCUCAGGGUAUGAAUGAUCUGUGCAGUCGCUUUCUGGAGGUGCUGCACUCAGAAGUGGACACUUACUGGAGCUUCUCCUGCUACAUGGAGAAGUUUUCCAAAGAUUUCUGUGCUGAUGGACUGUAUCGCAAAAUGGAGUUGGAAGCUGCUUUACUAAAAGAGCUUGAUCCUCAACUAUACUCCCAUCUUGUCACAGACAACAUGGAAAAAAUCACUUUUUGUCACAGGUGGCUUCUGUUGGGUUUCCAGCGGGAGUUUGAGCACAGCGAUGCUCUGCGUCUGUUCGAGAUUUUCAGCUGUGAUCAUCUGGAGCUCAUCUCGCAGCAGGUGGAUCGGGCUCGAUAUCAGGAGAGACUGGCACGCAAAUACAGCCUGGAGGAUGAACCUGUGAAGGAGCUCCAAGCCGUUAACAGAGAUUUCACUUUUGAACUCUUCAUGUGUGCCACCAUCUUGCUGGAAAACCGAGAAGCUUUACUCAGCUGCAGGAACGAUGCUCAGCUCAUACAGUUUACCAGCAGUCUGCAGGGCAAGCUGGACCUGAACAGCACCCUGAAAAAAACUGAAGAACAUUUUUACAACUACUGCAAACGCUCAGCCUGGGACUAUCUGAGAGGCCGCUGUCGCAUGCGCAAGAGCAAAGAGGACCACUUUUUAUAUCAACUACGUAACCUUUUCUCCUGAGACCAAAAGGCCUUAAGUGGAAUUUUCAAGAAAAGAGCUUUGUUGACAGAAACUCCUGGAAAAAAAUGUGAUUUUAUGUCCCAGUGGGACUUUCAUUUUAUUCUAAAGAAUGAUGCUGUUUUUAACCAGGGUUUUGUGGGAACCAGAUGGACUUCUUCCAUACAGUUCCUACAGUAUUUGAUCUUAAUUUCCAAGGCUUUUAUUAUGGUGCCAGAAUUUAUGUGAGAACAGCUCAAAAUACUAAUUUAUUCACUCUAAGAUCAUCACAUAAGUAUUGUAUAUCACUUUUACCCUGAUCAUGCUUGAACAGAUAUUUAAUAGUACUGAAGACUUGAUUAAAGCAAUAUUUCAGCCAAAAAUGGAAACUUGCUGAAAAUGUACUCACCCUCAGGCCAUCUGAGUUUUAGAUGAGUUUGUUUCUUCAUCAGAACAGAUGUGGAGGAAUUUAGCAUCACAUCACUUGUUCAGCAAUGGAUGCUCUGCAGUGAAUGGGUGCCGUGAGAAUGAGAGUCCAAACAGCUGAUAAAUACAUCACAAUAAUCCACAAGUAAUCCACACUACAUGUAAAGUGAAAAAAAUACCUGUUUAUAAGAAACAAAGCCUUCUUUGAUGCAUUUUAACUUUAAAUCAUUAGAAAGUGAUACUAAAUUUCUUAAAAUCUGUUCCCACAAAGAAACUAACAUUUUGGAUGGUCUGAGGAUGGGUACAUUUUCAGCAAAUAUUCAUCAUUAGGUGAACUAUUCCUUUAAGCCUACUGACUGCGGAGAUGCAUUGCAUGUUAAGGUGCAGCGUGUAAUGUCAAAAUUCACUUUGUUUAAACAGGAUUUUUACAGCUGUAUGAAACAGAAAGAAGAAAUCCCUAUUGGUGAUCUAAGCAAGAUCUGACUUGAGUAUAAUCCAGUCUCAGAAACAUCCUGUGUCUGCAUAGUAAUCACAUUAGAGCACAAUAUAAUUGAAACAUAGUCUCAGUUCUGAGAAGCUCUGGAAGACCCUCAGUGGUGUUGUCUUACUAAUUGAACCGUGCUUAAGUAUGUACUGAUCACUAAUAGUACUCCGAGACCACACUGCAUUAUUUAUUAUGAAAGAGGCAUAUGAGUAGGGAAUAUUGCACAUUUGGUUAUUAUUUGUCAGAAGCUGACAUGAUUAGUGAGGGAAUGCAGUUGAAGUUGUUUUCUAGGAAUAUGAAAUCACUUACCAACACAGUUUUGGGGAAUGGGUACUGUAAUUUUGAUGCUGUUCACUGAAAUUUUGCACAUGUUCAUUGUGUUUUAAUUAAUGUAGCAAUAAUGAAAAGACACUGUGCAAUGUCAACCUGAAUUAAUGAAUUUAUCUGCACAUUUUAAAUGAGUUGUUCAUGUCAUUGAUGAACUCUCUCUCUCUCUGUGUGUGUGUGUUUGUGUGUGUGUUUGUGUGUGUGAGAGAGAGAGAGAAACUGAUUUCUUUUUUUAAGAGUACUGUGACAUUUAAACUUGUCAGUUUCUAGUGAGUCACUUCAUAAAGAAUAGACUCAUGCAUGCUAGCCUAAUCUACUGCUAUAGAGACUGCUAUAUUAAAUGUUUUGUGAAAUAAAGUAUGGUGAUUUGAA